CAAAUACGCGUUGCGAAAGGUGGUUUCUUUUUUCGUAAGUUCCCCACUUUCCCCGAUCCUAGUCCACGCGAGACUCCCUCUCAACUCUCUCCCUGCAUUAAUUUUUGGGAAAUCGGUGGAAUUUUCCAAUCAAGAACCAAGCUGACGUCUUCUCGUUCUCCCGAAUCCUCCUUUUUUAACCAGCGCAGGAUAUGGACCGCUGUUUUGCAGAUCUUGUUCGCUUCAUUGGUUAGCUGUUGAUCAUUCAUUAUCACCGGCGCCUGAGGUUGGAGCUUAGCUUAUGGCGUCCCAGGCUUCCCUCGAGAAGAUGCAGCUCCGGCAGAGCUACCGGAAUCUAUGGCAUACAGAUCUUAUGAGCACCAUCCGGGCUGAUUUUCCAUUUUGCUGUCUGGCUCUAUGGUGCGGACCAUGUGUGUCCUACAUGCUUAGAAAACGGGCUCUUUAUAAUGAUAUGUCAAGAUAUGUCUGCUGCGCUGGUUAUCUGCCAUGUAGUGGCAAGUGUGGAGAGAGCAAAUGCCCCGAGUUUUGUCUUUGCACUGAAGUGUUCUUAUGCUUUGGCAACUCUGUUGCCUCUACCCGUUUCUUGCUUCAAGAUGAAUUUAAUAUACAGACUACGCAAUGUGAUAAUUGCAUCAUUGGGUUUAUGUUCUGCCUUCAGCAAGUGGCUUGCAUUUUUUCUCUCGUAGCAAUGAUUGUUGGAAGUGAAGAACUACAAGAAGCUUCUCAGAUAUUGAACUGUCUCUCUGACUUCGUUUACUGCACUGUUUGUGCUUGCAUGCAGACACAGCACAAGGUUGAAAUGGAUAAGAGAGAUGGAAAGUUUGGACCACAACCAAUGAUGGUCAUUCCCCCAGCUCAACAGAUGUCUAGAUUUGAUCAACCUGUUCCACCUUCAGCUGGCUAUCCACCCCCACCAGCUUAUGGCUAUCCCCCUCCACCUCAGGCUACUUAUGCAGGCUACCCGCCAGCUGCUUAUCCUCCACCUGGUUAUUCUGGUUAUCCAAAGUAAAUAAUGAGAUUAUCUGUUAUACUUUUGUUCAUGCCUUUGAUGUCUGUUGAGUUUUAUUUGCUAUAAAGAUGUGUUCUCCAUUUACCCUUGAUGGAAUAUGUUUCUUAUUAUAUAUGUUUUACCAUAGCAGAUAAUCUAUUUGAUAUUGCAACAUCAAAGCUGUGCAUAACAUUUUGUGAUUUUGGUUUUUAAUACAAUGGACAAUGUUUAUUUUGUA